AUCUGUAUACUACUACUGUAUACUACUGUCAGUGACUGCUGUCAUCCAAAUUUCCCCUUCCGGCCUGAUCGGCAGCCUGUCGCGUCCUUUGCAGCCGUUCCCGUCGGGGCUUAUCGUCUUCUCCCCUUCAUUAAUUUCCUCGCCUUCGUUCGCCCUCAAGCCUCAUCUUCUGGUCUUCCUUUCCCCCUCUCAGGGAAAAGUUUUUUCUUCUCUUGUUUUUUGACUCUCUCUCUUGCGUUCUUUUGCAAGCCAUUCGUUUCUUGUUUCCUGCUUCCCUCCUCCAUCUUCCACCGGUUUUUCUCUCUCCUCCUUUUUUUUUUAGCCCUUUUCUUUUAUCGGGAGCGAUAACGGUUUUCCCUCGAUUCGACCCGCAUCGUUUUCCCUUCCACUCGCUGAUCGCAAAUCGCCACCUGGCGGCCAUGCACCGCAGAUACUAAUAUUAAUCUUCAUCUCGAGUCCAAAUGGGCAAAUGGCGUUAUGGUGUAGUCCUGGACGCGGGCUCGUCUGGGACUCGAGUACACAUCUAUCGAUGGCUGAAUAAUGCCAUUGCGAGGAAGGGUGCCGACGUAACUCAACUCAAGUCGUUGCCGGAAAUUAAGACCAAACAAGCAUGGACAAAGAAAAUACAUCCCGGUGUAUCCUCGUUCGCCGACAAACCCGAGCAGGUUGGUCCCGACCACCUGGCAGACCUUUUGAAGCAUGCUCAGGAAAUCGUGCCUGAGGAUGCGAUCAGAGAUACCCCAAUUUUCCUCCUCGCUACGGCCGGCAUGCGAUUGCUGGGAAAUGUGGAACGAGACCUUUUAUUGAAUCAGAUCUGCUCGUACGCUCGUGCCAAUUCCGACUUCCUGCUUCCCGACUGCGGCGUCCAUAUUCAAGUGAUCCCAGGAGUAACAGAAGGACUGUAUGGAUGGAUUGCGACAAACUAUUUGAUGGGCAGUUUCGAUACCCCCGGGAAACACGAUCAUGGCAAAGGGCAUCACACGUACGGCUUUCUGGAUAUGGGUGGUGCGUCCGCCCAGAUCGCUUUCGCCCCCAAUGCUACCGAGACCGAGAAACACGCGAAUGAUCUGAAGCUGCUCCGAUUACGCAAUGUGGAUGGCACAUCGCAGGAAUACAGAGUUUUUGUUACAUCAUGGCUUGAGUUUGGAGUUCACGAGGCUCGGAGACGGUAUUUGGAGGCUCUUCAAACCGGUAGUGGUGGUGAAGGUGUCAAGGAGUUACCAGACCCUUGCCUUCCAGCUGGACUCCGAACCACAAUCGAUGGGAAGGUUCUCCCAUCGGACGGGGAGGCUGUCGGUACCUCGCUGCUAGGAACUGGGCGAUUCGACGAAUGUUUACGGCAGACCUUCCCGUUGCUCGACAAGGAUGCUCCUUGCUUGGAUCAGCCAUGUCUCUUGCACGGGGUACAUACUCCGGCAAUUGAUUUCGACAUCAACCAUUUCAUCGGAAUCAGCGAAUAUUGGCACACGACCCAUGAGAUUUUUGAAAUGGGCCACAAGGACAAGGCAUACGACUUCAACACAUACCAAGAACGGGUGCAGUCGUUUUGUUCGCAGGACUGGGACGCCAUUGAGAAUGGUGCGUCUCUUCAGAAGUUUGGGAAGAAAUUCAAAUUGGAGUCUGCCUACGAGGUCUGCUUCAAGUCUUCGUGGAUCAUCAAUGUCUUGCACAAUGGGAUCGGAGUUCCCCGCGUGGGACUAGAGGAUACCACUGGCUCCGGUCACAAUGGAACUAAGGAAGUUUUAUCGCAUGGGAAAAAUAAGGGAUAUCUUGAUGCCUUCCAGGCUGUGAACAAGAUUGACUCGACGGAAGUAAGCUGGACUCUGGGCAAGAUGGUUCUUUAUGCAUCCUCUGAAGUUCCAGUGGAGAUUGAAGAGGCUCUUCCGGUCGGUUUUGGCAGCAAUGUCGCCGGCAUCCCGAGCGAUUUCCAAUACCCUAGUGUUGAACUUUUGCCGAAUCCCCAGGCCCUUCACGGCGAGCAUUGGCACGACGCGCUCUUUGACGGUGACUCGCCUCGCAGAAUCCCUGGGUUUGUGCUUUUCCUAUUCAUCAUCAUCUUGGCAGCAUUUUUCCUCUGUGGGCGAUCUCGUCGUCUGAGAAUGUACCACAGGAUCAGCAACCUGUUCUAUGGGGGGCCGUCUCAUCCGAACCAUCCCAAGAAGAGGAAGCUGUUUGGGGGCAAGCUGCCCUUCUUUGGCCGAAGAACACCUUCCUAUGAGCGCGUCCUGGAAGACGGUGCCCCAGAAUAUGAACUAGGAAGUGACUCCGAUGGAACUGAUUUGGAUAGUGGUCGUCCGUCUGACGCCGACUCGGGCUUUCAACCACCAAAGCGUGCUUCAAGCUGGGCCGGCAGUACACCCAGCCUGAAAUUUGGGCUGGACAACAGCUCCACGGGAACCAUCGGACUGGGUAUCACUGGCGGUGGUGCUGGGGCCGCUGCGAUGGAUCGGACAGGUUUGGUCGUGAGAACCGAGGGUAGGGAUCACUUGGCCCCCUUGGCUUUGGGUCCAACCAACAACGGUCGGCGUUCCCGAACUGGCAGUCCAGCAAGAUCUCAUCACAAAUCCCCCAACAUGACGCCAUUGGCGCACGAGUAAUGCUGCUGGAUGAUGACGCUGUUAUUCUAUAUGAAUUUAUUCUCUAUCGCAUACCUUUCUGGAGUUAUUGGUAUGGUGUUUAGUACUGACUUGCCGGUGAAGAAGUCCUUCCCGCAAGCAGCUGGAGAUUUGUCUUGUGGAUUACUUCCGCCUGCAAUAUCUACCUUUGAUUGCUUCUUCGUACGAUAUGAGCUUGGACUCCGGAGGAUGUACAUAGCUGCCGUUCAGGCCUUUGCUUCGCUGUCGCUCAUUUGAUAUGAUUCUGGCGAUUUAUAUCUUAUAAUGAAAGAGUUAUGUAUCUAUGGAUUCGACUAUUGGCU